AUGGAUGUACAGAUGGAGAACAUGGACCCCCCGCUUUGUGAAUCACAACCAAGUGGAAAAAUACGAAAAGGAUUCAAGCUGUUUGGGAAAUGCAAGCCUGCAAACAUCUUUUCUCUUAAAAACAACAAAUCACCUGUCACCAGGAGCCGAACCGUCGAUGGAUUACCCGACGGCGCUGUGCCUGAUUAUGAGCUGGAGGCGGACAAGGAGAAGGCGCGGGAGGUGAGUCAAGGAGACGGCGAGCAUGCGGAGGAGGAACCGACGGGCGAAGAUGGCGUCCUGGCCGCUGCUCGCAACUCCAUCUCUUCAUCCGGCUCGGUCAAGUCCCUCCGUUUUUUUUCACGGCUGAGGGGAGCCCGGAGAGGAGGGGGCGACCGCAAAGUCCACACAGUGUCCCAGCCAGUGACUCGACAACGGCAAGGUCUGAAGGGUCUCUUCGGCAGCAUGACGUUACGCCCGAAGGACAAGGACGACAAGGAGGAAGCUUUCCCAAGCCCACUCCUCAUGUCCUCCCGCUCUAACAGUGUGGAAAUCAUCAAAGAGGACAUUGGCCUCACCCCCAAAUCUCCUCCUCGCUCUCUGGAGAGCCGUGAGAAAGCGAGCAGUGAGAGCUCCCCGAUAGCAGCGGAUGAUGUGAGCAGCACUGAUGAGGAUGCGACGCCUGCGCCUGCCACAGAACCUCCUGUGGUGCCCACUGAGAGCAGCCUGGGCUCCUUACUGGAUGACAUCUCCUCUCUCCUCACCUUCGAGUCCAUCUCAGGAGGAGACAUCAUGGCUGACAUGAAGGCCGAGUGGGGCAGAGCCAGAUGCGCCUCAAGUCCGAAAACACCCGAGGUCUCGGCAUUGGCCUCUUCUCCCUCUUCCAAACCUGCCACCACAUCUCCUCUGAUCUCCGCCUCUGUGACCACCUCUUCCUCACCUGUAGCUGCCGGCACUCACUCUAUAACUUGUGUGACACCUCCAACCUCGUCUUCUGUAGCUACGCUAGUUGUGACCAAUAGCGAUAUUAUUGCUGUUUCUAAAGAACUUCCAUCAAUCCCUGCCACUGGUCAGAGUCCAAGCUCCCAGUCGCGGACCCCUCUGUCCCCCGUGUCUGUAUCAACAGACCCUCCUGUUCCUGCUUCUGCAGUGUCUAUGACUAAAGAUCUUCCUGUUGCUGUGCCAACCACUACUGAGCCUCCCGUCCCAGCCCCUACUCCAGUUUCUGUGCCGAAAAGUCCUCCUGCUCCAGUACAGAUCCCUGUUACUCAAUCGAAAUCACCCGUUCUUCCCGCCACUUCCUUCCCUGCCACUACCCCUGUGCCUUUGCCAAGUGAAGCUGCGGCAUCGAACAAGAUGAACGCAAUUGAGCCAUCAACAAAUGGACAGUUGUCUCGUCCGAGUAGCACAAAUGCGCAGACAAGCACCGUGGAGGAACAGCAUAAUGGGUCACGCAUGGACCUCCCCAAAGAAAGGAAGACACAAGUAAAGGCACUCAGCAAAAUACCCGUGGUUGGAGGAGGCAGAGCCGGAAAGCUACCAGUACGGGACAGCCAACAUACUGAUGACGAUUCAAGCAGGGACCCGCCCACUCCCAUAGAAGAGGACAAGCGUCACUUGGACUUUCACAACACAGGGAACAGAGACAAAGGUGGCAGUGUUGAGGUUCAUGUGCCCAACUUCAAACACAGCCAGGAGGAGAGUCAGCCGCUACACCAGUCGAAGGCCCCUGCCGGUGUUCCGCGUGACUCCAAAAUCCCCGUCAAGCACGGCGCACAGUCUCCACCCGCAUCCCAAAUCCCGCAAGCUAAAGAAACCCCUCGCACCAAGAUACCUGUCUCCAGAGUCCCGGUCCGCAGAGUGGGUAAUAAGCCUGCAACUGCUGGUGUCGUGAGAAAAUUAUAA